ACGUUAGUAGUUCGCAUUUUUAUUGCCAAGCCAUCAUGCGUGUUUAUUAUGAGAAUUCAUUUGGCUAUCGUCCUCGCCAUUGCCAUCGUCGUCCAGGUCUCGAGAUUGAUUUUGUCGCCGGCUAUGGUGGCGCAUACUAUCAAGCGCCGGCUCCUAGGACUGAAGUCGUAGUCGUAAACCCACCCAACAACUAUGCUGCUCCAGUUCCUCAGGUGAUGCCCCAACCCUAUGGAGCGCCUCCAGGUGUGGUCUACCAGCAGGGCUAUCAGUAUCAGCAGUAUCAACAGCACUAUAACAAUCCACCCUAUCCCAGAUGGUAGACAAAUGGGCUCUCAGGCCAAUGAGUGCGCUUAGAAAUAAUCAAUAAAUAUUUAUUUUCAACAGCAUUUCUAUAUGUAAAUAAGCAUUGUAACGAUAUCAAUUGUAUAUGUUUAAAAGAGUAUCAAAUAAAAUUUAUAUAAUCAGGGUUCAGGGAAA